GCACGCGUAUUGCAGCGGGCCGCCAUCGCCGCUCGGUGUUCGAGACUGCGCAAGUCAGAGGGGCAACGCUGCGCAGCAGGUACUGCUGACCUCUCCUGGUUACCCUGUUAUCUUUGCUGUCUUUGCUGAGUUCUUGGCACAGUUAUAUUUCUGUGGCAGCCUGUGAAGAUGCUGCCUUUGGAGAGGGUGUUAGCCUCUCCUAGAAGCUCUCCACCCCAACCAGAACCAUCUACUCUGCGGUCAAAAGAUACAGCACAGCAGGAAGAACCUGGCCAGCAGGAGGAACCCAUCCAGCAGGAAGGACUCAUUAAGCAACAAGAACCUAGCCAGCAGGAGGAAUGCAGGAGGCAGGAGGAACUCAUCCAGAAAGAAGAACCCAUCCAGCUGCUGGAGACUAGUCAGAGGGAAGAAUUCAGUGAGCAGGAUAAUCCUCCCAACCAGGGGAAUGAACUCAGUGAGCAGCAAGAACCUAGUCAGCAGGAUGAGCCCAGUCAAGAGGAAGAGUCUGUCCAACUGCAAGAACCCAGCCAGUGGGGAGAACCCGGCCAAAAGGAUGUACCCAUGGAGCAGGAAGAACCUAUGCAGCAGGAUGAGCCCAGCCAGUGGGAAGAACCCAUGCAGCAGGAUGAACCCAUGCAGCAGGAAGAACUCAUGCAGCAGACAGAGCCCAUUGAGCAGGAUAAGCCCAUCCAACAGGAAGAACUCACCCAGCAGGAGGAGCCCAUUCAGCAGGAUGCUUCCAUCCAACAUGAACUCAUUCAUCAGGUGAGGCCCAUCCAGAAGGAAUUGAUUCUGCAGGAGGAGUUCAUUCAGCAGGAUAAGUCCACCCAAAAAGAAGAAUUUAUUCAGCAAGAGAAGCCAAUUCAGCAGGUAGGGUUCAGUGAACAGGAGAAACCCAGCCAGCAGGAGGAACCCAGCCAGCAGGAGGAGUCCAGCCAGCAGGAGGAACCCAGCCAGCAGGAGGAGCUCAGUCAACAGAAAGAGCCUAGCCAGAAGGAUCAACCCAGCCAGCAGGAGGAGCUCAGCCAACAGAAAGAGCCUAGCCAGAAGGAUCAACCCAGCCAACAGGAGGAACCCAGCCAACAGCAAGAGCCUAGCCAGAAGGAUCAACCCAGCCAGCAGGAGGAGCUCAGUCAACAGCAAGAGCCUAGCCAGAAGGAUCAACCCAGCCAACAGGAGGAACCCAGCCAACAGCAAGAGCCUAGCCAGAAGGAUCAACCCAGCCAACANCAGAAGGAUCAACCCAGCCAACAGGAGGAACCCAGCCAACAGCAAGAGCCUAGCCAGAAGGAUCAACCCAGCCAACAGGAGGAACCCAGCCAACAACAAGAGCCUAGGAAGAAGGAUCAACCCAGGCAGCAGGAGGAGCUCAGCCAACAGCAAGAGCCUAGCCAGAAAGAUCAACCCAACCAACAGGAGGAACCCAGCCAACAACAAGAGCCUACCCAGAAGGAUCAACCCAGCCAGCAGGAGGAACCCAGCCAACAGGAAGAGCCUAGCCAGAAGGAUCAGUGCAACCAACAGGAAAAGCCUAGCCAGCUGAAGGAAACAGAAACCAUCACUGAGAGAUCUGCUGCUGACCUUGAGUUUUCCCGCCUCCGCUUCCGGGAGUUUGUCUACCAGGAGGCAGCUGGGCCUCACCAGACUUUGGCCAGGCUUCAUGAGUUAUGCCGCCAGUGGCUGAGGCCCGAGGCCUGCUCCAAAGAGCAGAUCCUGGAGCUGCUUGUUCUGGAGCAGUUCCUGGGCAUCUUGCCAGACAGGGUCCGUCCCUGGGUGGUAGCCCAGUAUCCCGAGAAUUGCAAGAAAGCUGCCUCCCUGGUGGAGGGUAUCUCUGACAUCCUGGAGGAGCCAGGAAUGAUGUUGUGUUCUCCGGGUGGGUCAUCAUCGUUAUUCAGCGAGGGAGACGAUGAGAGGUGUCCUGAGCCCUUGCUGCUACCAUGUGGGUUGCUAAGUCCUAACAGAAACUUAAGACCUAGGGACAUCCUGGUACGCCGUGAUACUUCUCCCCUUCUACCAGCUUGGCCUACUCUGGAAUCUGUGCAUUUGGAUCGAGAGCAUACAGAGGGAGAAAAGAGUAAAGAGGCCAACUCUGCCACAGCUGAGCUGAAGGGGCCUCUACAGUCGGAAUGGGACCACCUGGAUCCCACAGAGGAUAACCUGACGAGUUACAGCAAGCUGCUCCUGUGGGGGUGUCAAUUUUCCCAGGCUGGUCCAACUUCCAUGCUGGAGACAGAGGAACCUUGUGCAGUGGAAAAACUGCCAGGGGGCAGCCUCCCAGACAGCACCAGGCAGCAGGAAAGCAAAGGAAAUGUGUGUGAGGAAGUCUCCCUGGGGGAGACACUGAUGGAGAGUCUUUCAGGGGAUGUUCCUGUUAGUGCUUCAAUAGAUACUGCCCUGGAGGAGGAACAGCAACCUCAGAAGGCUCUGGAUGCCGAGGGUGAAGAUUCAAGCCCUGCCAGUCCCCAGAGGCAAUCAGUCAUCCAGCAGUCAGCCCAGGACAAGGAUAGGCCACAUCAAGGCACUGGGACAAAGAGGCCCCAUCCAGAUGACGAGGAUGAAAUGGCCCCUGAGUGUCUUUCCAGCACCAGCAGCUACCAGCUGCCAUUUGAUGCAGGGAAAGUGCUUCAUGUGGAUGGUCAUGAUUCUGGGCAGGACUCAGGAACCUCUGCUGGGGGAUGCUCUUCAGCUGAUAAGUCUGAUGCAUCUCAAGGGAAGCCCUACACAUGCAGUGAAUGUGGGGAGGCCUUUGCAUGGAUCUCCAACCUUAUGGAGCAUCACAAGAGUCAUGGCAGUGAGACAUGCUAUGUGAGCCAGGGCUGCUAGGAACCCUUCCAGUUCUGCUUGGUUGUGGUCAAGCACCACAAGAGUCACAUACAAAAAACCAAACAAAGCCACACUCAGAGCCCUUCUCUGCCAGAAGCCAAACUCACUGGUGGGAGAGUUGGCAGCUUCUAGUGUGUGGGUGGUUUUCUUUAUACAACCUGAGGUAUAAGGCUAAGCAGCUCUGCUAUGACUGUCCCAUGACAUGACAGUUAUGAGUGACCCUAAGGCUCAUGUGUGGUAGUGGAUUCUUGAGGUAUUUCUACAGGCACAUCUGUGCUUAUUUUCUGGAUGCUAAUGUGCUGAAAAGAACUGGAAAGGGGCAGGGCCCUCAUCUUAAAAACACACUUUGGUCUGAUGUUAUAUUCUGUAAACCAUCAGAUGUGAGGGAAGACUCCAUUUCUGCAGUAUUUUAAUACCACUUAUACUUUGGUCAUUUGACAUUGUACAAAGUGUUGAGUUGCCUUAAAUGUGAUCUAUUGGCGCUUUCUUGAGCCCUCCUUGCCUCAGUUGCUUCUCCUUGAGCUCCCUGUUUGUUCACACAUAAUUCUUGCCAUCUAUUCUGGCCUUUUCAUAGGUACGUGAUAACAGGUUUACUUCUGAAUCCGUAAGAGCAAAAGCUGUUUCUUAGUUCAAAUUAUGUCUUCAUAUGUGGAGUAGCUUGCAAAGAUCACAAAAUAUGCUGACUUCAGACUGGGUUUCAGCCCAUUAGUGAGUUGUGAGGUGCAGUCAGUGGAUGGCCACUGAGAUUACAGAACAGUGAAAUGGAAUGAAAGUAGAUCAGAAUGCAUCAUGUAGUAAAGGCAAAUACUGUUCUGUGAGGCUUCUCAGCGGAGUGUCUGAGAGCUUGCUACCACGUCAAAUGUAUCUGUUGAGGGGUACAAACAUACAGGUUGAAGAAACGAUCUGUAUCCGAGCUGAGAGAACCAAAUGUGACCUACAUAGGUGAUCUUAUGGUUUUGCUUUGAACUUCAGAUUACAACAUUGUUUCUAUUGCCUGACCAUAAAUGUAAUUGCCCUGCAGAUACAAAAAGGAUGUCUUUUUCUGUCAGUGUCUGAGUAGGCAAUUUGUGUAACCCCCAAAUCAGAGGCUUACCAUAAUAAAGUAUUUAUUUCUUCAUUCAUAUUA